CAAUGCACUCCCAUAUCAGCGGGAAAUAAAAAUGGCGAAUGUAUUAGGGGAGAAUGACCCGUUUGUUAUUUUCUAAACAACAUUUAUAUUGUGUCAUAUUUUGAGAGGAGCAUUUCAAAGAGAUUUACCGAUAUUUGGACAAGACGCCAAUCACCGGUUACGACCGAGUAUUUCAAUAUAUAUGGCAUUUUGACCCUCCUAACGGACCGAAUGAGAGACUCAACGGCAUUAGAGCGCUUGCCGGUCCACCAGCAGAAAGCGCAUUCCCUUCGGCAGCAGUGCAAGACGCCAGUGUCCCUGACCAGCGUCCACUCUACCGAGGAUAGACAUGGAGGGGACACGGACACCAAGCUCGGCAACAGGUUUGACGAGGGACAAGAGGUCCUAGCCCGAUGGUCGGAUGGGCUGUUUUAUUUGGGGACUAUCACAAAGAUAAAUAAGGACAAGCACCGCUGCUUUGUUGUCUUUGAAGAUCGGUCCAAGUCCUGGGUUCUGUGGAAGGACAUUCAGACAGGGGACGAGGGAGGAGAGGACAUGGUCUGCACAAUAUGCCAGGAUGAGUGCUCAGAGGAUCCCAACGAGAUUGUCAUCUGCGACAAGUGUGGACAAGGAUACCACCAGCUCUGCCACUCACCCAUCAUCGACUCCAGCCUGAUCGACACCGAUGAAAAGUGGCUCUGUAGGGAGUGUGUGUUCGCCACAACAGAGAAGGGUCCCAAAGCACUGCAGGAGCUGAAGCAGUCUCUACCUUAUUCCCUAGAGGACCUGGCGUGGGACCAGGGCCACAAGACCAACAUCCAGCAAUGUUACUGCUACUGUGGAGGGCCUGGAGACUGGUACCUGAAGAUGCUGCAGUGCAACAGGUGUAAGCAGUGGUUCCACGAGGCAUGUAUCCAGUGUUUUAAGACUCCCAUGCUCUAUGGAGACAGGUUCUAUCUAUUUAUUUGCUCAGUUUGCAGUAGUGAACCAGAGUACCUCAAACGACUGCCUCUUAGAUGGGUGGACGUUGCACACCUGAGCCUCUACAACAUGAGUGUGAUUCACAAGAAGAAGUACUUUGAUUCUGAGCUGGAGCUGAUGACUUACAUCAACGACAACUGGGAGCAAAUGCAGCUUGGGGAGCUUUCAGCCACUCCUCAGUCGGACCGAUAUGAAAGUAUUUUGGAAGCACUGAAUAGCAACCACAGCAUGUUCAUGUCAGGGAAGGAGAUCAAGAAGAAGAAGCACCUCUUUGGGCUGAGGAUCCGUUUUCCUCCGGGUCCCCAGAGCUCUGACCUGCUGGCCAACAGUGGGGAGCCAGAGAGGGCCUCCAACGAGAUCAAGAUCAAAGGCAGGAAGGCUAUCAAGCCUCUUACCAACACAAGUGAAGUAACCAAUGGCGUGGUGAAGAAGGCCAAGAAGAUGAAGAAACAGGGAGGUCACUCCCUGGCGACUCUGGCCAAGCGAAGUCGCUCCAGUGAACUCUUGCCCCAGGAUAUGAAGCCACCACCACCUCUGGAUACCCAGUCCUUAAGGAGCAGCAGGAGUGACAGAUCUCUUCCCUCCUCCAGUACCUCCGAGAUGGAAUCCAUCAGUGCCGUCCGCACCACUGAAACUACCUCAACUAGCCUCUCCAGACAGUCCAGCUUGUGUAGCUCCAGUAAGACGUUCACGGGUCGCCACUGGCCCAUCGCCCAGCCCCCCCUGAAGAGGAGACGGGGCCGGCCACGUCGGGCCCCCCAGCCCCCCAACCCUGAGAUCCCCCCUCCUCACCAGCCAGACCCCCACCACCUUCCAGAGCCCCCCAACCCCCUGCCGGGGCUCCACUCCACAGACAUAGUGCACGGGCUGGGCCAAGGUGGUCAGCUGUCCCACCUGAAGAGCUCAAUCAGUAGCUACUUUGGGGUGGCAGGCCGCCUGGAGUGCGGGGAGAAGUACCGCAUCCUAGCUCGCCGGGUCACCCUGGACGGCAAGGUUCAAUACCUGGUGGAGUGGGAGGGCGUCACUGCCUCCUAAACUUGUCAUAGCGCUUACGUAGUUUAUUACACAUACGUAGCGCUUAACAUGUUUAUACAGCGUUUAUAAAGCAUUGUAAACUGGGUGGUUCUGAAUGCUGAUUGGCUGAAAGCUGUGGUAUAUCAGGCCGUAUACCACGGGUAUGACACAUUUAUUUUUACUGCUCUAACUACAUUGGUAACCAGUUUAUAAUAGCAAUAAGGCACCUCAGGGGUUUGUGGUAUAUGAACAGCCUAAGAACAGCCCUUAGCCGUGGUAUAUUGGCCAUACACCACGCCCCUUCUGCUUAAUUGCACUCUCCUUCUGAGAUCGGGCUUCCCCGUGUUGCCCAGUCUGGAACGGCGCUUGCGUUUCCAGUGAUAUGCUCCAGUGAUAUGGUCUUUCUGUGACUUGUCUUUUGUGUUUGAGAUCUGUUUCGGUUUUGUAAACUGAAGAGGUUAAGAGAUCAGCUUUGGCAGAAUGUAAAAUGAAUGGUGUUUAGAGUGGCUAGGUAGGGGGUGUGAAUGGUGUUUGAGUGUCUUUGCGCCUGACCUGAUAUGUUGAAAGUGUUUGCGAGUAGUUGAUGUUCGAGAGGGACUCAAACAACAGAGAUGAUGUUGUGCUGCUGCAAACCCGUUUAUUAUUAUUGUUUAUUAUGAAUUAUUAUAUAUCUUUACUUUUCUACGUUUUUAUUGAUAUGCCUCGAGUGUCUAGUGAGACGGUUCGUUUUUUUACGAUUUGGAUUUGAUUGCACAUACUGUAUCAAGUUCAGCCUGUUCUCAGCAAUUCUCCUGAACCGGUUGUACCCAGGCUCAUAAAAUCACUUAGAGAUAUGAAGUUUCUCUUUUCUGUCUUUGGCAGCUGAAAGUGUGUAACCUCUAGCUCUAAUCUCUGCUUAAUGUUCUGCAAAUCAUCUCACUAUGAAUAGUAUUCAUUUCACUGUGUUCUAGUCCAAAUCUACACUAUGUCAAGAUUUUACUCAGACUUUUUCUAAUGCAUUAUUAAUUACUGGUAGAAUUUGCUUUGAGGGCUGAGCUUGUGUAAAAGAACGUUAGUGACUGAAUUCAUGUGUAUGUGGUAACUGGUACCGUUAGGCCUUGUUACAUUUGAAAGGUUGAUUAAUGUACCCACGUUUUUACUUGUGUUCUACAAUAUACAGUGGGGCAAAAAGUAUUUAGUCAGCCACCAAUUGUGCAAGUUCUCCCACUUAAAAAUAUGAGAGAGUCCUGUAAUUUUCAUCAUAGGUACACUUCAACUAUGACAGACAAAAUGAGGAAAAAAAUCCAGAAAAUCACAUUGUGGGAUUUUUAAUGAAUUUAUUUGCAAAUUAUGGUGGAAAAUAAGUUGCACAAUUGGUGGCUGACUAAAUACUUUUUUGCCCCACUGUAUGUUCUAAAGAUAUACAUUUUUGCUGCAUUUUUUAAAAUAUGGAAUCAUUGUACUUUUAGAUAUAUACAGUUACAUUUAUGAACCUCUUAAAAAGGACUUUGUUCCUUAAUUUUCUUCCCUCUGUGCGGUUAUAUUUUAUGACUUUGAUCAGUGCUAACAUUGAAUGCAAAAAUCUCAUGGACCUUUUUACUUAAACAAAUAAAACUGAUAUCAGUUCUUAAAGCCACCUAUGCAACUUAAGUGUCGAAAGAUAAUUGUUUUUGUAUUUCAAUCACUUGACUGCAAGAUUGGCAUCAGCAACAAACAACAACAAUAUUUUGGUUUCAUCUGACUCGGGCCUUUUUGUUUUUUAUUUCAGGUGCUAUUUAUUUCACCUUUUACUCAGAACUGUGCACUUAGCCAGACGUCUGCUGGCACAGCCAGCUCACCUAGAACCCACUCAGGAUAUGCUCAGCAACUUUACUAUAUGUAUGAUGUACUCAAAAUUUGGAAUAUUAUUGUUAUUGAUGGAACAUUGGACAUUUUUCUGUGGUGUCAGUAUUUCAUUGAAGAAAAUGUAGCGUUCAUUUAGUCAUUCCUCUGACUGGUUGUUUUCAAAAAGCUGCAGUUCAGUCCAUUAUGCUACAGGGUCACAAAUGUCUUAGUUCAUCUGAAAACAUGAUCUUCCACUUAUCUCAUGAAGUGUUUUUUUAUUUUUUAUAUUUAGUUCCUUUCACCUCUGAGGGGUUAGGUUCAAUACAGAAGACACAUUUCAUUUGAAUGCAUUCAGUUGUACAACUGACUAGGUAUCCCCCCCCUGCUUCAUUGUAAGAGUUCAAGCAGUCAGUUAAUGCCUCUUGCUGUUGGAUAUGUUUUGUUAUUCUCAGAAAAUGCCAUUUUCCCCUUGAGGCAGUGGAGUUGGGUCUUGACGUUGAUACCUCUUUAUUUAAAAAAAAGUUAUUUUAAGCUUUUCUUCUGUAUCAAACUUUAUUGGCCACAUACACAUUUAGCAAAUGUUAUUGCGGGUGUAGUGAAAUGCUUGUGUGUGUAUGUUGUUCCAGUGUUAGACCCCUGGAUCUUUGUUUUCUACUGGCUUUGGGCAGGCUUCUUCAGCCAAAUAAUAAAUAUCUAAAAGCCUA